GGCCCAGAAGGUAGAAACGCAACCCACUGCCAGUCUGCCAUUGGCUUCAAAAGCCGGGAAGUGUUCCCAAAUCAAAUAGAUCUCCCACUGUUCCCUCCACAACAAUGGCAGCAAAUCCCUCUUCCCUCUCUUCCUCCUCUCACUGUUCCCUCUCUCUGAACCGUUCUCUCCCCCACCGCCCCCACCGACCCUCUCUGAACCUUCCCAUCCCCACCGACCCUUCCGCUCCGACUCUCGUCCGUGUUCGGGCCCAAAGCGCCGGUUCGCACUCCGGCAACUUCUCGGCGGUCCCUAGGGUUGACGGUUUGGAGCCUGAAUCAGUCCCCAAGACGGCCGCCCUUUCGGAUGGCGGGACGGGAGCUUCGUCGUCUUCGUCGGCCAUAGAUUUCCUCACUUUGUGCCAUCGUCUUAAGACCACAAAGCGGAAGGGAUGGAUCAAUCAUGGGAUAAAGGGUCCUGAGUCGAUUGCUGAUCACAUGUAUCAAAUGGCAUUGAUGGCUUUGAUUGCUGCUGACCUUCCCGGUGUGAAUAGGGAAAGGUGUAUCAAGAUAGCAAUUGUGCAUGACAUUGCAGAAGCACUUGUUGGAGAUAUAACACCGUCAGACGGUAUUCCCAAAGAAGAAAAGAGCAGACGGGAGAAGACAGCUUUAAAUGAAAUGUGCAAAGUUCUAGGUGGAGGGCCGAGGGCUGAAGAAAUUAAAGAACUAUGGGAAGAGUAUGAAAAUAAUUCCUCCAUCGAGGCUAAUAUUGUGAAAGAUUUUGACAAAGUCGAAAUGAUUCUGCAAGCACUGGAAUAUGAAGUGGAGCACGAGAAAGUGCUGGAUGAGUUCUACCUCUCGACAGCCGGGAAAUUUCAAACUGAAAUAGGGAAGAGAUGGGCGGCUGAGGUCAUUGCUAGGAGAAAUUCAAGGUUGGCAAACAGGCUUAAUUGAUACUAUAGUUCCAGUUAAAAGUACUUGGGCUUUCAGUACUCGCGCAUUUCUUGGUUGGUCGUAGCCAAUUCUUUUUGAAUCAGAAAUUGUUCAUAAGCUCUCUUACCCCGGUCACGUCUUUCCUUGGUCACCGGGUUGCAGUCCAUAAUUAUGGAAGUAUAAGGAAAUUUGUUUUUGGUAGCAGUCAUGACUAGAAUUCAUCUCUUGAGCCCUUCCACCUCCAGCAGAAAUAUUAAUAUAUCCCUUGGUGCUAACAUGUUAUCCAAUGAUUUUCCAAUGUUUAAAACUUGGCAGACGCUGUAAUGUCACCGUAGCCUUGGCGUAUGAUAUGAUAAGAGUAAUCUAUUACCCCCCCUUGAUGGCUUAUAGUAGCAUGGUUCAUGAAGUUUUUGGAGGUAAAAUGGCAAAUGGGGAUCAUGAAAAAUUAUAUUUCAAUGGUGCUAUUGGCUGGGUUCUUGAUGAAAGCACUGUCAAGGCCAGCCAGUGCCACUGCUUCAAGGGCUUUUUCUGCCAUUAGUAAUUUGAAUAUUCACUUUUUGAGUUCUUGAUUUUGCAGUUGAUAUUCCAGUAAUAUGUUUGGAAGAGGAGGAAGAGAGAGAUUGCGUGGCAAUCAUAGGGGUAAAGAUAAAAAGGAAUGAGUUCUAAGAGAAUCUUCUGAUUCCGCAAUGGUUUUAGGAAUAACCAACCCCAAAUCUAGAAAUCUGCCCUUAUGCUGUGUUUGGCACCGUGAUUUGUGAAGGAAAAGUAGAGAUGAUGGAAAAUGAACUUGUAAAUUGAAUGCUUUAAGGAAAGGAAGGUAUACAUACAUUUUGUUUCC